UCGCCGCCACAUCUCCUCUUUGGGGGGCGGCGGUGGCCCCCAGCCUGGAGUGGCCCCGGCCAGCCCUGCAGGCGGGCAGGAGCUCCAAGGCCAUUGGCUGGCGCGCCGGCUGCGAGGGGCGGGGAGCGCCACCAAAGGGGACUGUUUGCUCCUACGGGCUGUAGAUGGAGCUGUCCGGCCCCGGCAAGGGGGAAGGCGCCUGGAAAACGUUCUUCUUCUCCCUGGCCGGCCCGAGCGGGGAACAGCACUCCCAGGAUGCAGUUUGUGUCAACACGGCCGCAGCCUCAGCAGCUGGGCAUCCAGGGCCUGGGGCUGGACAGCGGGAGCUGGAGCUGGGCCCAGGCUCUGCCCCCGGAGGAGGUCUGCCACCAGGAGCCGGCGCUGCGUGCGGAAAUGGCCGAGGGAAUGCCGCCCAUGCAGGCUCAAGAAUGGGACAUGGAUGCCAGGCGACCCAUGCCUUUCCAGUUCCCGCCCUUCCCAGAUAGGGCUCCUGUCUUUCCUGACCGCAUGAUGCGUGAACCCCAGCUGCCCACAGCAGAGAUCUCACUCUGGACCGUGGUGGCUGCCAUUCAGGCUGUAGAGAGGAAGGUGGAUGCCCAGGCUAGCCAGCUGCUCAACCUGGAGGGACGCACAGGAACAGCAGAGAAGAAGCUGGCUGAUUGCGAGAAGACAGCUGUGGAGUUUGGUAACCAUAUGGAGAGCAAGUGGGCCGUGCUGGGGACCCUGCUGCAGGAGUAUGGGCUGCUGCAGCGGCGCCUGGAGAACCUGGAGAACCUGCUGCGCAACCGGAACUUCUGGGUCCUACGGCUGCCCCCGGGCAGCAAGGGAGAGGCCCCCAAGGUCCCGGUGACCUUCGUGGACAUUGCUGUCUACUUCUCGGAGGACGAGUGGAAGAACUUGGAUGAGUGGCAGAAGGAGCUCUACAGCAAUCUGGUGAAGGAGAACUACAAAACCCUCAUGUCCCUGGACACGGAUGGCCCGGUGUCCAAGCCUGAUGCUCCAGUCCAGGCAGAACCCAGGGAAGAGCCUUGUGUGUGGGAGCAGCAGCAUCCUGAAGAGAGAGAAAUCCCAGUGGCUACAGACACAGGAACAGAACCCCUGGUGCCUGCACAGGACAUGUCCUCCCAGGUGAAGCGUGAGGAAGCCUUGUGUGUCCGGGGCCAGAGGAGCCUGGAAGAAAGAGCCAUCCCCACAGAAUCCAUCACUGGAGACUCCCCCAUCUCCGCCCAGGACCUCUUGUCCCGGAUUAAGCAAGAGGAACAGCAGUGUGUGUGGGACCAGCAGGACUUGGCAGAGAGAGACAUCCCUACAGACCCCAACUCAGACUCUCUCAUCUCAGCACAUGACAUUUUGUCCUGGAUCAAGCAGGAAGAGCAGCCGUACCCAUGGGGCCCACGUGACUCAGUGGAAGGAGAGCUGGGACUAGACUCCGGCCCAAGUGACAGCCUGUUGCUGGUGAAGAACCCACCCCCAGCUUCUGCGCAGCCCCAACCCCAGCCUCCCCAGCAGAGCCUGCCCGCCUUGGCGGUGCCGGAGAACCCUGGAGGCCCCGGGAGCCGCAGCCUGCUGGAGGACGGCUUCCCCGCGCUUCCCGGGGAGCGCAGUACUGGAGGCGAGACUCAGCCCAGCGGCGAAGGCAGCGCGGGGGGCGGCGGCGGCGGCGGCCCUGGCCCUGGCCCUGGCCCUGGUGCGGGUAGUGGCAGCGGUACCGGUGCAAGCACGGGCAGUGGCUGCGGCAGCUGCUGCCCGGGCGGCCUGCGGCGGAGCCUCCUGGCUCACGGCGCGCGCAGCAAGCCCUACUCUUGCCUGGAGUGCGGCAAGACCUUCGGCGUGCGCAAGAGCCUCAUCAUCCACCACCGCAGCCACACCAAGGAACGGCCCUACGAGUGCGCUGAGUGCGAGAAGAGCUUCAACUGCCACUCGGGCCUCAUCCGCCACCAGAUGACACACCGUGGCGAGCGGCCCUACAAGUGCUCCGAGUGCGAGAAGACCUACAGCCGCAAGGAGCACCUGCAGAACCACCAGCGGCUGCACACGGGGGAGCGGCCCUUCCAGUGCGCGCUCUGUGGCAAGAGCUUCAUCCGCAAGCAGAACCUGCUAAAGCACCAGCGCAUCCACACGGGCGAGCGGCCCUACACGUGUGGCGAGUGUGGCAAGAGCUUCCGCUACAAGGAGUCACUCAAGGACCACCUGCGCGUGCACAACGGCCCUGGCCUGGGGGCCCCGCGGCCGCUCCAGGUGCCGCCAGAGCGAGACUAGGGUUGGGCUGGGGGGCGGGGAGGACCGGACUGAAGUUGGGGCGGGCCCGGGUUCCUGAGGACCAACCCUCCUGCCCCACAGUGCUCAGCGCACCUCCCCGCCCUCUCCCCACCUCCUGCUGGAAAUCGGCACAGGAAUUGCACUCCAGACAGGGUAUUCCAAAGGGUGGACCUGGGUACCCCAGUACUGUCCAACCCUCGUGGACAGUCCUGCUCAUCUCAUAGGGUGGACCCAGUGGCCAGGGAAGGUUCCAGAGGGACAGCAAGGCGGUAGGGAUCGGUGGGACACUCCUCGAACUUCCUAGUGUGUCCACUGGCCGCCGGGGCCACAGAUUCUGAUCAGGGAAAGUGACCAGGGAGUCUCAAAACCCUUCUGAAAUAAGGAAAUUCCAUCCAUCCUAAGGUGAGGAGACGCCCUGAAAAAGAAAGAUGCAAUGGGAAACUGAGGGUGCGCUAAGGGGGACAUUCUCGUGACAACACUGCCUCGCGCUCUAACAGCGCUUUGUACUUUUUUAAAAAGUGUUUUCUAUCCGUUAUCUAUUUACACCCUUAGCUUAUCCCUUCCAGAUAGGUGGGGUAGGAUUUUCCCGAUGUGGUGAGUGAGGAAAGUGAGACACAGGUGAGGUAGUUGUUGAGCAAGACCACGGGAGAACAGUGUGGCCCAACAGCACUGGCGCCCAGCCCAGUGCUGUGUCCCCACCGCACACACUGCCUACCUCUGUCGGUCUCCGACCGCUCUCACCUGGCCUUCCUGGUCUCUUUCCUCUCUCCCUUCCCUCCUCGGAUCCCCCAAAUUCUCUCAGAAGCAACAGGGCCAACUCCUGGGGUUACUGGGAACGGGGAACUGAUUGGCUGUAAAAUGUCUAGGCUUGUUCUUGGGAAGGCUCUUUCUUCCUUGACAUGAGCCUGGGCCCCCAGCCUGUCUUUCCCAAUUCUUAUCAUUCAGUCAGGUGCAGCAGCAGCUUUUCACUGCACAGUUAAGGCCAGGCCCUCCAGAGGCAGCUGGUGCCCUGGAUCAGACCUCACCCUGAUGAUUUACUCCAGCUUCCCAGGGCACAGGGUGAGGAAAGACCGGCUGCCAGAGUAACCACCAAGGAAUGAGACUCUGCCCCAGAGGGCUGGGCAAGUGGGUGCUAGAGCCUGAGCUCUCUCCUGCCCUGGGCAUCCCAGUUGGUGCUAUCUGUUAACUGAUUGUGCUCAUGGACAUGGACACAGACCUACUAUGCUCUGACCCUGCAGGCGUCUUGGGAAGCGCCCAAAGGACUCCUUUUCAUGUUGGUGCAUCGCUCCAUGGCUCCCAGCACCGCAGCCUGGGGGGCCAGUCUCCAUUUCAGCAUCUUGCAUGGCCAGGCACUGGGGUGGGGUGCCGUGCCCCAGGACCCUUGUUUGUGUCAAAAAUGGCUUUCCUGCUCCUCUUGUGGAUCCUGUUUCUCUCCCAGCUAGGGAGCGUGGUGGUGCCAGCAUUUCCUGGCAGCACCUUCGUGAGCGCUCUGCUUCUGUCCUGCUCAUCUGCGCUGCUCCGCUUUCCUCAGACCCCUUUUUGCCGUGCAAAGGGAAUUCUUGAAAUUAAAUAAAAGGUAUCCAGAUUGCAGACUGCAUGUUCCCAAAGCUGGGGGUCCUCCAGCAUGGCAUCCUACAGCAGACCUCAGUGAACUGCAGCCCAAUAAGCUGGGAUUUCUUCACUCAGCUUUUUGAAGGAGGCUGAUCUUAGGAAAACAAGUUAUCUUGAAAUAUGUGCAAGGGAGGGUUCAGUGGAGUUCCGGUAGAGUAGGAGGGGCCUCCAGUUCAGGGAUUGUUUGGGAGGGGACAAUAUACUACUUUUCAAAAGCAUAACAAAGACAAUAAUUCAUCAUCUAAAUCACGGAAAGUAAGAUCCAAAUAUUUUUGACUGCCGGAAGUGUGGGGGGGAGGGGUAAUAGCUACUGAGACAUAAGUUUGAAACAUUUAAUACAGUUUGAGUUCAUUUUACCCCUAAGAAGCUGAUUCCCAAAGAGGUAUGUUGAUGGAGCUAUUGACAGCCAAGGCUCUGGAGCCCAGUUUGGUGGGUCCUACCACCCUCCACUACACUCUGAAUGGCUUUUGUUAGCAUGGCCCCCUUUCUGAUGUGAGUGCUAGGAACCAAAUCCAGAUCUUCUGCAAAAAUAGCAAGAACCCAUCUCUCCAGCCCCAGAUAUGUGUGUGUGUGUGUGUGUGUGUGUGUGUGUGUGUGUGUGUGUGCUCGAGCGCGCGCUUAAAGUCUUAAAUAGUGAAAAGUGCGGGGAGAGACCCGGAAAGAUGAAAACAUCCAGCGCUCAGAGCUGCUUCUAGAUCCUUCAGAACCUGUGUUCAUUGUCCAGACAGCUGACUCCUGGUUUGCAGCAUUUCUCUGCACUGCCACCACACACUCUGGGUACAGAGCCUUGCAAAGGCUGCUUCUCAAAAGUACAGAGACAAGGAAGGGACCUGGGGAGCCAUAAAAGUAGUAUUCACUCUGACAGACCAAAGAUGGAUUCCAGCCAGUGCAGUUGGUGAGUGGGUUUACUGAAGUAAUUACAGAAGCAUGGAUAGCCAGGCGGCAGCAGCACUGAAGAGUUACCUCCACCCCCCACCCAGUGCAGUUUUCUACCUCUUACACACAUUAGCAUGUCUAAGAUUGUAUACACUGGGCAGGGGGAGGGCCAACCAAGUCCUCUGGUGAGGUCAGCUGUGACCCUUCCCUGUCUUUCCACCAGGGAUAGUCACAGCCUCACUGCCAUUAUCUUAGACCCAGUGGCUGUACUGUUUAUUUUAUUGAGACCGUGGACCAAGAUCUCCUGUAGGCUACCACAGCAGCUCUGCUUCAUGGUGGUGAUGGUCAUGUCUACCUUCCAGAGGACUGCUCUGUGACACUGGUCAGGACCUGAGUCCCUUAACUCUUUUGUUUGUUUGCUAUUUUUGUUUUAUUUUAUUUUUUGAGAUAUCGGAUCUCUUUGUGUAGGCUUGACUAUCCUGGAAAUUGAUCUGUAGACCAGGCUAGUCUCAAAUACAAAGAUCUGUCCGCCU